AUAGUUCAAUUGAACUUGUUCUUUCUGGAAAGACUCAAAACAACUCAAAAUGUCCGGUCAUUCUCAUAACCACGGCCAUGGAUGUGGCCACGAAGCCACCGAUGUCGAUCAUGCCCUUGAAAUGGGUAUCGAAUAUAGUCUAUAUCAAAAAAUUGAUAUGGAAAAUUUGGAAUGCUUAAAUGAGGAGAGUGAUGGUGAUGGCAAAAAAGUUUUCAAACCCUACGAGGAACGGUUGGAUGUGACAAAGUUUGUCAAAAGUGAUUGUGAUGAGGAGCUGCUGUUCAACAUACCCUUUACCGGCAACAUUAAGCUGAAGGGUAUUAUUGUGGCUGGAGCCAAUGAUGAUUCACAUCCCAAUAAGAUGAGGCUUUUCAAAAAUCGUGAAAAAAUGACAUUUGAUGAUGCCCAAGCUAAAGCGGAUCAGGAAUUCGAAUUGACACGAGAUUGCCGGGGUGAAGUUGAGUAUUCCCCAAAAGUUGUAACAUUUUCCUCAGUACACCACCUAUCCAUACAUUUCCCUUCCAAUUUUGGUGAUGAUAAUACAAAAAUCUAUUAUAUUGGCCUUCGUGGUGAAUUUAGUGAGGCGCAUCAUCAUGGUGUAACUAUAUGCAGUUAUGAAGCAAGACCCAAUGUCAGCGAUCAUAAAAAUGAAGCUUUUGAUUCUGUUACACGAACUAUACAAUAAUCGAUUUGAUAUGAGACGAAAGUCAAUAAAUUAUUCCAGCCGGAACGGAUGUCGAAAUUAUUUCCUAAUUAUGUGAACUCUUAAAAAGUGGAAUGAAUAACUUAUAUACUAUUUAAAUAAAAGUAAAUUAUUUUUUGUAUUGUA